AGGGUUUUAUAGACGAUAAGAUUGUUCCUUUGUAUCCUUCGGAAGCCGAAAGGAGAGUUUCGCUUGGUUCCCAGCAGAGAAGGAGAGUAGUUCGCUGUUAAGCACUUUAAAACUGGCCAUUAUUAUUUGGCUGAAUUUCGGUAUCUGAAUUUCGAAAGGUUCAUUGCUUUCAUUGUUUUUGCACCUAUUGAGCAUCAUCAUCGAGCUGAUAGUCAUUCGAAAUUCUCUCUUGCUUGUCUCUAUUAGUACUGCUACUAUGUUAUGAUCCCUUUAUUGAACUUCAUUCACAUUAAAAGUCCUUGGAGCCAUCUCAUGGCACAGAUUCAAUUGAGAUUCUUACUCUGCAACUCCUUGUGGCCUUUCAUUUUGUUUCCGCCUUUCCGUAUUUGUCUUCUUUCUCUUGCAAAUUCUGGCUUCUGUGCUUCCUUCACAGUUGCCUUGCAAGCCUUUCUUUUUAGAUACAUAAGAUGCCAAGGACAAGGGCAAGAUCUGCAGCUGCUCGCAAGCCAGAUGUUCCUGAGAAGCAUGCUGAACCAGAAAAGCCUGUUGAAUCUGAGGAGCAAGUGGAAACUGAUGGAGAUAACAAUACUGAGGAGAUGGAGGAAGAGGUUGAGUAUGAAGAGGUAGAGGAGGAAGAGGAAGUGGAAGAGGUCGAGGAAGAGGAAGAGGAGGAGGAAGAGGUAGAAGAGGAGGUGGAGGAAGAUGAAGAGGAAGAAGAAGAUGAAGCUGAUGCAGAGAGAGGCGGAGAUAGUGAUGAGGAGAUGAAAGCAGUCAAUGCCGACGAGGAUGAGAUUAAGAAGCAUGCGGAGCUUCUUGCACUUCCCCCUCAUGGAUCAGAGGUAUAUCUUGGUGGUAUUCCUUAUGAUACUUCUGAAGAUGAUUUGAGGGGAUUUUGUGAAUCUGUUGGAGAAGUUACUGAGAUCAGGAUCAUGAAGGGAAAAGAUUCAAGUGAGAAUAAGGGUUAUGCUUUUGUAACCUUCAAAACAAAGGAAUUGGCCUCUAAGGCUAUGGAAAAGUUGAAUAAUGCUGAACUGAAGGGCAAAAAGAUAAAGUGUUCAACAUCUCAAGCAAAGCAUCGAUUGUUCAUUGGUAAUGUUCCUAGAAAUUGGGGAGAGGAAGAUAUGAAGAAGAUUGUAACCGAGAUUGGUCCCGGAGUUAAUGCUGUGGAAUUGUUGAAGGAUCCACAGAACUCCAGUCGUAAUCGUGGAUUUGCUUUCAUCGAGUAUUAUAAUCAUGCUUGUGCAGAAUAUUCAAGACAAAAGAUGUCAACCCCAAAAUUUAAGCUCGACAAUAAUGCACCAACUGUGAGCUGGGCUGACCCAAAAAAUCCGGAGUCAUCAGCUGCUUCUCAGGUUAAGGCUGUGUAUGUAAAGAAUUUACCAAAAGAUAUUACUCAAGACCAGUUAAGGAAGUUGUUUGAACAUCAUGGGAAGAUCACAAAGGUAGUUCUCCCACCUGCAAAAGCGGGGCAGGAAAACAGCAGAUUUGGGUUUGUUCACUUUGCAGAACGGUCUAGUGCCAUGAAGGCUCUUAAAAACACUGAAAAAUAUGAAAUUGAUGGUCAAGCUUUAGAGUGCUCUCUUGCAAAGCCACAAGCAGAUCAGAAAUCUUCUGGAGGACCAAACUCGCAGAAGUCGGCGUUACUCCCAAGCUACCCACCUCGUGCUGGUUAUGGAAUGGUUGGUGGUGCCUAUGGUGUUCUUGGUGCAGGAUAUAGUGCUUCAGGCGCCGGACAGUCUAUGAUAUAUGGUAGAGGGGCCACUCCUGCUGGCAUGGCAAUGAUGCCUAUGCUUUUGCCUGAUGGAAGAAUCGGAUAUGUCCUGCAACAACCUGGAGCGCAGUCCCACACCCCUCCACAGCACAGAGGUGAUAGGAGUGGUGGUGGAGGUGGCUUAAGCAGGGGAAGGCGUGGUAGUGAUGGCAGCCGGGGGAACAGCCGGUACAAUCCCUAUUAAUUUUUUUAAUAUUUGCUCUGGAAUGUGAUGACUGCAAACAAGGGAAUUUUCCUUCAUUAACUCCUUGCUACAAUGGUGAUGUAUACUGUUCUGCACACAUGCAGCAACGGCUUAUAUAUUGGAAAAUUGUUGAUGAAACAUACGCCUUCAUGGCUGUGUUGGUUAGUUUUAACUGUUAAAAAGUCUUUCAUUUUGACCCCCCAAAA